UUGUGGCAGACAAAGAAGGUUUUCUACAUACAAAGAAAAGUAAAAUCGUAUUCGGCUCUGUUGGCAGAGAUAAAACUGUGCCCCUUUUAUCGCCACCCCCAAUAAUGAACCACGUGACAGGUCACUAUCGCCGGAACGAAGACAAUUCUCAGAAUACUAACGUCAAUGAAGUUGAGGACAUGGAAACUCAAGAAGUGACUCAAAUGGAAUACAUCACAGAUACCGCUGGGGCAGACAUGGAUCAGACUCAGAAUGGAGAAGUUUUAGUUGGCCCUCAGCCUGAUCCAAAUGCAGUUGUACAAGAUACAGAAAUGGAAGAAGAUGAAGCUCGUUCUGAUGCAACAUUCAAGUUUACUGUACACAAUUUUAGUAAGCUCAAGGACUCUGUACUCUCUCCUCCCUGUUUUGUGAGAAAUCUACCCUGGAAGAUAAUGGUAAUGCCUCGUAACAGCCAUUCUCAAGAUGCUAGGUCUGAUAGACCAGCUCAGAGGUCCUUGGGUUUCUUCUUGCAGUGUAAUGGAGAAAGUGAAUCCAGUUCUUGGUCAUGUUAUGCAGUUGCAGAGUUAAGAAUGCUUUCAGUUAAACCAGAAAUAGAGAAUUUUACUAGAAAAAUUCAGCAUUUGUUCUAUUCAAAGGAAAAUGAUUGGGGAUUUUCACAUUUUAUGUCAUGGAAUGAUGUGUUGGAUCCAGAGAAAGGCUUCAUCAAAGAUGAUGCAAUUACAUUGGAAGUUCAGGUUGUAGCAGAUGCACCUCAUGGAGUGUCCUGGGAUAGUAAAAAGCACACAGGAUAUGUUGGUUUGAAAAACCAAGGUGCAACUUGUUACAUGAAUUCCUUACUCCAAACUCUCUACUUUACCAACCAGCUGAGAAAGGCUGUCUAUAAAAUGCCCACAGAAUCUGAUGAUUCCACAAAAUCAGUAGCUUUAGCAUUACAAAGGGUUUUCCAUGAACUACAGUUUUGUGAUAAACCUGUAGGUACUAAGAAGCUUACAAAAAGUUUUGGCUGGGAAACUUUGGACUCUUUUAUGCAACAUGAUGUUCAGGAAUUUUUAAGGGUGCUAUUAGAUAAGUUAGAAAGCAAAAUGAAGGGUACUUGUGUAGAAGGAACUGUGCCCAAAUUGUUUGAAGGGAAAAUGAUUUCAUAUAUAAGAUGUAAAAAUGUUGAUUAUUCCAGUACUAGAUCAGAAACUUUCUAUGAUAUACAGUUGAAUAUUAAAGGAAAAAAGAACAUCGAUGAAUCCUUUAAAGACUACAUAGCCAAAGAGACCUUAGAUGGUGAUAAUAGAUACGAUGCAGGAGAGCAUGGUUUGCAGGAUGCCGAGAAAGGUGUCAUCUUCAAAGAAUUCCCCCCAGUAUUGCAUCUACACCUGAUGAGGUUCCAGUAUGAUCCUGUGACAGACAGCUCAGUGAAAUUCAAUGAUCGGUUCGAAUUCUAUGAAAAACUGUCGUUGGACUCCUAUCUCCAGGAACCUGAUCCCAACAACCCUGCCAAUUAUACUUUGCACGCAGUUCUUGUACAUAGCGGUGAUAAUCACGGAGGACAUUAUGUUGUUUUUAUUAAUCCGAAAGGUGAUGGUAAAUGGUGUAAAUUCGAUGACGACGUCGUUUCAAGAUGUACUAAACAAGAAGCAUCUGAGCACAAUUUUGGUGGACAUGAUGAGGAUAUGAAUAUGACAGUAAAGCACUGCACUAAUGCCUACAUGUUGGUGUAUAUAAGGGAUUCCGAAAUGCCCAAAGUAUUACAAGAUGUGACAGAUGCAGACAUUCCAACAGAACUGGCUGAUCGCUUGGCAGAAGAAAAGCGAAUGGAACAGGUGAGGCGUAAAGAACGUAAUGAGGCCCAUCUGUACAUGACGAUAAACGUUCUUUUGGAGGAUGCGUUCGAUGGUCAUCAAGGUAACGAUCUUUAUGAUCAAGAAAGGGCUCUUUUUAGGGUGUUCAAAAUCAAAAAGAUGGCCACUGUUGCCGAACUGAUGGAGAUGUUGGCGGACGCGUUUAAGUAUCCUCCAGAGCAAAUAAGACCAUGGCCUUUUAGCCAAAGGUCAAACCAAACCAUCCGACCCAGUGUUUUAGAUCUUGAAACAGACCUUCACAAGCCAGUUAUAGACACAGCAGAAAACGCGAAUCCUUGGAACAUAUUCCUAGAACUUCUUCCUCCCGAUUCGGGACAAUCGACACUUCCAACGUUCGAUAAAGAAACAGAUGUAUUAUUGUUUUUCAAAAUGUAUGAUCCCAAGCAAAAGAAAAUCCACUAUUGCGGUCACAGUUAUUUACCCGUUACGAGUAAGUUAGUGGAUAUUAUACCGUUGUUAAACGAAAGAGCUGGAUUUCCGCCAGAUACUGAACUGUUACUGUAUGAGGAAAUACGACCGAAUAUGAUAGAAAAAAUUACAAAUUUUAAUGAUCCUUUAGAAAAGGUAUUAGAAGAAUUAAUGGACGGUGAUAUAAUAGUGUUUGAAAAGGAAGAAAGAGAGGAACUUUCCGACCUUCCGACAUGUGUAGAUUAUUUCAAAGAUUUGUAUUGUCGCGUUGAAGUGACUUUUGUAGACAAGUGCAUACCCAACGAUCAGGGAUUCACAAUGGAGCUGUCACAGAGAAUGACAUAUGAUCAGUUCGCCAGAGCGGUAGCGCAGAGGGUAGGAACCGAUCCCUAUUUGUUACAAUUCUUUAAAUCUCAAAGUUAUAAAGAUAGUCCUGGUCACCCGUUGAGGUGUACAUUCGAAGGCACUCUCAAAGACCUAUUAGUGUAUUCAAAGCCAAAAGUCCCGAAGAAAAUAUUUUAUCAGCAACUUAGUAUUCGAGUCAAUGAAUUAGAGAAUAAGAAGCAAUUCAAAUGCGUUUACGUGGGCUCGAAGUUCAAGGAAGAAAAGGAACUGAUACUAUAUCCAAAUAAAGGCGGAACUGUGGCCGAUCUUUUGGAAGAGGCGAAAAAGCAAGUCGGAGAUUGUGGUACUGGAAAACUUAGGUUAACAGAAAUAAGUAGUAAUAGGGUAUCAAUGGGGCCAAAAGAAGACACGCCUUUAGAGCAGCUAGCAAUUACAGCUACGAAAAUAUAUAGGAUCGAAGAGGUGCCUCAGGAGGAAUUGCAUCUUGCCGAAGACGAAACGUUGAUUUCGUGUGCUCAUUUUCACAAGGAGGUCUUUUCGACGUUCGGCACUCCUUUCCUCAUAAAAGUCAAACAGGGAGAACCGUUCGCUAAAGUUAAAGAACGAAUACAGAAACGAUUGGCUGUGCCCGAAAAAGAAUGGGAGAAAUUUAAGUUUGCAAUCGUGGCGAUGGGUAGGCCACAGGUUAUUCAAGAAGAUGAAUAUGUAAUUAAUUUAGCUGAUUUUAAACCUGUUCCUAAUCAAUCAGCGGGUAGUCCUCGACCUUGGUUGGGAUUAGACCAUGUGAAUAAAACUCCAAAAAGGUCGAGGUUUAAUUACCUGGAGAAGGCCAUCAAAAUCUACAACUGAGACUGACAGAAGAGACAUUUAGUGACAAAAUCUCUAUCACCACCUAACCAACCGAUGACCACCCAACCUUCGAGUUAUGGCCGACAUGUACCCCCGCCUACAACUUUCCCCCCUAUAAGCGAGGUGUUGCACGACAUUGUCACUAUACCACGCUACAUAGUCAAGACGCCUGACGAUAGGACUCAGUGUAAAUUGUAAGGGCGCCGUUUUUCUUUCAAGUCUUGUUUAUAAGAAGUAUUACAUAUUGGAGUCACCCGGUGCUUUAUUUUUAUAUUAGGUGAGCUUUUGAUUUUGUAAUAAUUAAGAAAUGGGGGAAUCCCUCUUUUCAAAACAAGAUUUUAGUAUAUGUAAAGUUGAUUUAGACCUCAUAUUGUGUUUUUACCAUAAAAGAGCUAAUAGAUAAGUAAUUUUAUGACCGUAAUCGAAAAUGAUACUUUUCUGUCACACAUCUUUUCAAAUGUCUGCAGCUGUACGACAGACAGACUGCGAGUAAGAGUACUCCCCUUCCACGACAAAGUUAAUAUUCGGUUCUGCAUCGUAUAUAAUCUUUUUUGAUUACUAAAACCUACUAAUGCUACUAAUUAAAACUUUCUAAUGAAUUUUGAUCGUUAAAACAUGCUACUAUUAUAACAUACCAUUUGAUCAUCUGGUAUAAAAAUGAAGCUCCGGGUGUAUCGGGGAGGAAGGACAUUGCGGAAGACCAACUGCGUCUUUUAGACUUAACCUUGUCGCCAGCAUCUCGACUAAAUAUGCUUAUCCAGAUUAUUCUCAGAGUAACUUAAAAACAGGCAAUUAUCAGCUAUAUAUAACACUUGUAAAUAUUUAUUUAACUGACAAAUAAAAAAGUCUGUCUCUUGUUUUUUAGGGUGUAUUCACAUGUUGAUAUUUUGUAGAGGGUUAUUCAGGAUUUCGAUUGAAAUCAUGUUUUUAAUUAUAUUAUUUAUCACAUAUUUUAUAUUAUCUUCACGGUUGUACAAGAUAUCGAUAGUUAUGAAGGAUAUUACAUAAUUGUUACUGAAAGGGAUGUUGCAGUUUGUGUUGAAUGGUAACAAAAGUGGUUUAUGGUUUUAGAACGAACAUAAAUAUCUGAUGGAAGAAAGCAAUGAUGUUAAUGUUUAAAAAGCAUUGUAUCAUAAUUGAAAACAAUGAGUCGCAUUCUUAAAACAUGGAUUAUUUGUAUCUCAAAUAUUGGAUAGUAACAAACUAUGGUUAUUGUCAUUUGCUUGGGUUUAUAUGACUGCAAACACUAAAUCUAUUCGGCCAAUCUUACUGAUUAUACGUAUUAGUCAUUGUUUCAUCUAUAAUCUUAUCGACAUCUGUUAAAUUUAAGAAUAUUUCUUUCAAGCGUUCUAAUCUUUCUCUUAAGUAAAAUUCUUUUUAUUGACAGGAUUGAUGAAAAGAUUAUUUUACUACAAGAUCCUUUCUCUCAUACCAUCUCAUUAUGCCGCUUUCAGUUUUAUGUUUUCACGAUGGUACAUUUACUCAUCAGAAAUCUUUUGAACAUGACGAAAUUGUAACAUUAUAUUUAUAUUUAGGACUUUCAAUAAAUAAAUACACUUCCUUCUUUCCAAUCUUUUAUGACUUAUCCAAACCUUUCAUGCUUUCCUCUAAUUAGACUCAUUGGUUUAAUAGACUUUCUCUAGUUUCUUAAUUUGUUUAUCUUGGCCUUUUCCGAUUUUCCCAGCUGUGAUUCAAUUAGUUAAGUCAAUUGUUUUAUGCCAUAUUUACUUUACCUCUCUAUUUGAAACUUAUACGAUGUUUUAUUUUGCGCCCCCACUUUUGGAUUCGUAUUUCUUUUGCAUUAUCCAGUUAUAAUGCAAAUAAAGAUAUAAUCUUAUGGCUUUGACUUUUAAAUCUUUUUACAACUAUAAUCCAAUCGAAUUGCUCUUUGGAUAGAUAUUUUGGUAAUAAUCGGAAAAUGCCGAGACCCUUGAUGCGUGGCGUUGAAGAUAGCGGAUUAUAGUUAUAACAAGGGUUAAUAGUAAAAGCCUAAAAACGCUGUCUUAAUUCCAUUCCCUAAGAAUAUUUCUGAUUUGAUACAUAUAUCUCUAUCUUCUAUCUCACCAUACUGCAAAUUCGAUAAAAACAGUUAUGUGAACUAAUAGGUUAGAAAAACUCAAUUUGUCUCUUAAAUUGGUUAGUGAUAGGUAGUUCUUUUUUUUUAUUAAUUAUUGAAUUUUGAUUUAAUUGAUACACUUACAGACAAAAAUAUUAACUGUGUUUCUUUAAAGUUUUUGUAAUUUAUAUUGUAAAACUACACUCACAGACAAAAGGUAAAUUUUUUGUCUAGUUUUGAUAACCAACUUUUUAAUACAAAUUAUUUGAUCAGUUGUUUAUUUUAGCUGACCUAUUAUCAGCGUUUUGUAUUCUAUAGAAUAUGCUCAUCUGUUCUGUAAUUUGAUGAAGAUAAAGUUUAUUACUUACAAAUUGAUUUUCUUGCUCAUAUUUUGACCUUUAGAAAUAAAAAAUACUCUUUAUGAUGUCACAAAUAUCUUUUAAUUUCGUUUCGUCUUGUACAACUUUGAACAACCUUUCGCUAAAUUUUGAAUAACCUGGUCUAAUAUGUUUUGAAAUGUAAGUAUCAUCUCUAGUUUUAUAGCCAUUUUGGUUGACUUUUUUAAAUGUGUACAAGAUGGCCAGCUUUUUCAAAUUUUAUUGGUAAACUUGCUAUACAUUUACGUUUCUCUUGAUCUGUUCAAAUCUUUGUCUUUUUCUUUAUUUAACAUUUAUGUAUACGUACUGUGAACAUAUUGAGGAAUCAAAAUAAAGUUUACUUUAAAACUUUAUUUGUGAUAAUCAUAAGUUAAAUAUAUAUUAUGAAUUUUAAUUGUUUCAAAGAAAUAUACUAAGAACAAGAAUAUGAAUAGGUAUUUCAGCAUUCUACAAAAAGUACUAAUGUGAUGUUUUUAAUUUUUGUAUAUUGUGUUUAUUUAUUUUUAUUGUUUUACCCCGCGAAUGCCUGAAACUACCUUUAUAUUCGGUCCCUUUAUACACACACGCUUUUAGGCAUCUGUCUUUUAGUUUUACGUAUCAUUUGCUAAUAUAAUUCGUUUUUAAAACUGGACAUCUUGUAUGUGUCCUUUAAUACACUUUUUUUGAACGUUUCUAUUCCUUUUAUUGGUCUUUGUUUUAUUUGUGUGUGGUUUAAAUUGUGAGUUUCGUCAUACAGUUUACAACCUGACCUUGAAUACAGCAAAAUGUUCAACAAAGACCGAAAGUAGAAUAUUAUUCUUCAAAAAUCUUUGGUAGGUAACGUAUUAUGGUAAAGAUAUCUAGUAAAUGGGGGAAAUAAAAACUUUAUUAACAGAGUGUUGCAAUUUGCUUGCGAGUGUAGCAUACAAGAGAAGGACACAAUGUCCAAUCAAAGUUUGCAGACAGAACCAUGUGGAGUUUCCAUAAAUAUUCAUCAUAAUUCAUUUUCCUAUCAUUCAGUACCAUUGUCAUUGUACAAGUACCAUUGUGCAAGUUCAUUAACCAGAAUGUUAUGCUUCAACGUGGAUCCCUUUUACCAUCAGUCUUACUCGGUAUAAUGAGCUGAAGCAAUUGUAUUUUAUUUGUAAGAUAUUUUGUAUAAAAGAAAUUUACGUCAAAGUAUUAUAAUUUUCUUUCUUUAUGGUGCUUGUUUGUUUAGUUAGUUUAAUACUUCUGUGCUGAAGACCCUAUCGAUCCACGAAGGAGGCAGCAAACUUCGGUAGGUCCACAUCUCGAAGACUGCAGUUUCUAACACAUGGCAGCUGUAAGUGUCAUUUUUUACGUAUACUUGUUUCUAUUCCGGAUCUUAUCUCCUUAUCUAUAUGCCAUUCCAAGUGUGUUGUCCAAAUAUUUAUUCUGAUGAACGCAUUCUGAGUUUUCUGUCACACUCUAGAACACAUAACAUGUUUAUAUGCUUGUGUAUUACUAGAUCUUGAUCUUGGUGUUCAACUUGAGCCCUGUGUCUCUACUUUGAUCUGCGAUGAAGUUGCUUCAAGUCAUUCAGUGUACUCACUAGAAGUACGGUAUUACCGGAGUAAGACCUUGUUGUCUUUUAUAUAAACCUUGCUGCAGAUUUCUGCCAAAAUAAACAAACGAGGUGACGACACGCAGUAAAGAUUUAUUAUUAUUCUCAUUUUUUUUUGUACUUUUGUAAGUUUAUCGGCUCAUCUCUCAAAAAGUUCUUUACUAUAAUUGCAACAUACCUUUAAUUUUGCUCUUCUCUCCCAAGGAUAACUUUCUCUCCUUUUUGAUCCAUUAAUAAUCCAACAGACUUAUUUUUGUACCAUCCGGUAUUCGAUCUCUUUCAAUAAACAACCGCUUCUAAUUUGGUUUUUUCUUGGUUUUUGUUUUUUAAAAAGUCUCAUUUAUUCCAUAAGGUUGGUAUCAUAUAUCUAUAUUUCCGACCUUGACAAGAUCCUUGAACUGGGCGAUAUUUGGGGCUUUUUGCCUUCGGUGUCACGUCUUCUAGGAAUUUUUAUCGAUGGUGUGUUUAGAAUUCCCUUGGUUCUGUUUGUGUUGUAUCGUGUUGGUAAUGGGCCAUUUUUGGCAUAAUAAUUUUAAUGAUCGAAUGUUAAAAAUACAAAUAUUUAUUAGUGAAUUAUUAGUGAAUUUUGAUAAUAUUGCAAGGUCAGGUACAUUUUUCACACUUAAACCAGAGUUUAAACCACGAGCGAUGUGGACUUUCUCCUUAUUUUUAUACUUUUUGUCAUUACUACUAACAAAACAAGAUUUAAUUAUUGAAAAUGAAAUAUACUUCUGUUUCGAUCC